UUGGCACUCAUACGCAGCCAUUUUGGGCAUUGUUACAUAUAUAGGUGGCAACAACGCGCUAAAAUUACGAAUAAAACUAUUCAACGGCGAAGCGUGGUGUUACUCUCAUGAAAACUGAAAGCAGACUGAAGUGAAAUUCGCUGCGUCGUUUCUGUAUACGUAUAACGCUUGAAACACAAUACCCGGCGAACGGCGAAGUUCGCCGAAUUGCGCGAUGCCGUCGUUCACCGUUCGCCCAGCUAUUUCGCCUGUUUUAACACAAUUAGAGCGGCAACGAAAACAGCUGACACAAUCGUUUGAAAAAGAAUAAAUAUUUGGUGUAUACAUAAAAAUGAAUGAACAAAUUGUGCGGCUCACUAAAAUUGUAAAAAUUAUAAACGUGAUGUUCGUUAUGAUGAAGAUAUAUCUUCUUGCGAGCCAGCGUUUGAAAAGGAGAUGGUGGAUCCGGCCGGUGAAUCUCACUAGAAAUAAUUUGAGUUUUCAUCACACCUGCUUUGCACAACUUAAAUUAAAAGACGAGGAGCAUUUCUUUAAGGCAACAAGAAUGAACAUCGAAAAAUUUAAGGUUCUUCUUACGUUGCUUAGAGGGCGACUACAACGCUUUUCUAAAAGGGAACCAAUAAACGAAGAGACCCGUUUGGGAAUCACUUUGAUAUAUUUAUCACAAGGCUGUAGCCCACAGUAUUUAGCUUGGUCUUAUAAGAUGGGUCUUUCAACAGUUAGAAAAAUUAUAUAUGAAACCUGCGAUGCGAUUUGGCAAGAGCUCCAUGAGAUUUACCUAGCUCAACCAAAUCAGACAGAAUGGAAAAACAUUGCUGACAGGUUUUAUGUAAAAACUGGAAUGCCGCAUUGCCUCGGAGCUGUAGAUGGCAAACAUAUCAAAGUAAUUUGCCCUAAAUCUAGUGGUUCCCUCUACUAUAACUUCAAGAAAACGUUUAGUAUCGUCCUCAUGGCAAUAUGCGAUCAGAACUAUUCAUUUGUGUUCGUUGACGUUGGUGCGUUGGGAAGCCAAAGCGAUGGAGGAAUUUUCGCCCGCAGCGCCUUUGGCAGGAUGAUUCUACGAAACCAACUUGAAAUUCCCCCAGAUGAUAACCUUCCCGGUACGGACAAAAUAUUUCCAUACUUUUUUGUCGGAGACAACGCGUUUCCUCUUAGACGCAAUCUUAUGCGUCCAUACCCAGGUCGGAACUUGUCAACCGGAAAGCUUUAUUUUAAUAAAAAAUUAUCAUCUGCCCGGGUGCAUAUCGAAAACACCUUUGGAAUUUUGGCAAACAGGUGGAGAAUUCUUCACACCACUAUAAAUGCAGCCCCAGUAAAUGUGGACAAAAUAGUGUUAGCAACAGUAGUUCUGCACAAUUAUUUGAUGCUUGACAGGAAUGGGGGCUACUUCGAUCCGAGCUUAGUGGAUCGCGAGGAAAAUGGGAUUUUCACUCCUGGAACAUGGAGACAAUCUUCGACGGAUAUGAGAUCCAUACGAAUUUCUCAUUCCAACCGUUCCACAAUGGAAGCAUUUACCUUGAGAGAGGAACUAACUGAUUAUUUACUAGAUAACAACGGUGCUUAAGUUUAGUUAAGACCAGUUUUGACUAUUUUUGUUUUGCUUGUUUAGUUUACAUAAAUUUUUUAUACAGUCAGUGUCAAAUGUAAGU